AUGUCUGGGCAGUGUACUGGUUCCGACGUGGGGAUGGGAGCGGCUUCCCCUCCGGCCGCUGGUAGAGUCUCAGUAAGGUAUCUAUGCUGUUUGUUCUGUUGCCCGCCCUUUCCUUCCUCGAUUGUCUCGAAGUUGGCUUUCAUGCCACCUGAAUCCAGCUACACAAUCACGGAGAACAAUAGGUUACAUUUGCUGGAAGGUCGUGCGGAAUGGCCUCAUGAUCCCGAUCAUCUUGUUACCAAUGUCGAGAUGUUUGUGGCGAGAACUAGAAGAAGAAACAAAAUUUCAUGCGUUUAUGUGCGUCCUGUACCAAAUGCUUACUUUACACUACUGUUUUCACACGGAAACGCUGUAGACAUCGGUCAAAUGACAUCAUUUUACUGGGGCCUUGGCCAUCGCCUUGGUUGUAAUGUGUUUAGCUACGAUUAUUCCGGGUACGGGUGUUCAACAGGAAGGCCGUCGGAGAAGAAUCUUUAUGCCGAUAUAACAGCAGCAUUCGAAACACUGAAAACAAAAUUCGGAGUUCCAGCAGAUCGUGUGAUCCUUUACGGACAGUCUAUAGGCACAGUACCUAGCGUGGAUUUGGCGAGUCGUGAAGAAGUAGCCGCCCUUAUUCUACAUUCACCAUUAAUGAGUGGGAUGCGUGUGGCUUUCCCAGGAACUCAGCGCACGUGGUGCUGUGAUGCGUUUCCUUCAAUUGAGAAAGUGCCUCGUGUGAAAUGCCCAACACUUGUCAUCCACGGAACGGAUGAUGAGGUUAUUGAUUUCUCUCAUGGAGUCUCAAUCUACGAGCGUUGCCCGGCUUCCGUUGAGCCGCUAUGGGUUUCAGGUGCUGGUCACAAUGAUGUGGAGCUACACGCCGCGUACCUGGAACGCCUUCGAAAUUUUAUCGACAGUGAGGCGAGACGCUCUAAAGACGACAUUGGCGUUCGCGUAUAG